AUGACGACGGGUAGCACGGGAUCAACAUUCCCCCGAUGGCAGCUGGCACUACUGAUCGGGGCGCCGGUGGCCAUCGGCCUCGGCUACCUGUACUGGCGCAAUUCGAGCGGUCAGGGCGAAGGUAGCGAUAAACUGACGAAGAAACGGUUAGCAGACAUCAAGGACAAAACCAUUUCGCUCGAUGGUGAUUCGUCGGAGGUGGCCAAACAGCAGCAAGAUGCGAAACCGUUGACCGGUCGCGAACUGGCCCUGAAACACAAAAACAAUGGUAAUGCACACUUCCGCGCCGGAAAGUAUGAUCUGGCGAUCAGCGAGUACGAUGCCGCCAUCGAACACUGUCCGACGUACGAGGCGAACGAUCGUUCCACGUACUACCAGAACCGGGCCGCGGCGUACGAGCAGCUGCAGAACUGGGCCGCCGUUAUAAAGGACUGUACGAACGCAAUCGAGUGCAACCCGUCGUAUGUCAAAGCGCUUGUACGGCGCGCCAAAGCGUACGAGCAGCAGCAAGAUCUUACCAAAGCACUGGAAGAUAUAACGGCCGCCUGCAUAGUGGAUAAUUUCAAAAGCACAACGACGCUAACGUUGGCGGACCGUAUGUUGCGGGAGCUUGGCCAGCAGCACGGAAAGGAAGCGAUGAAGAACAAGAAAGAAAUUUACCCCUCGAAGCAGUUUAUCGAUAGUUACUUCAGCUCGUUCACCAACGAUCCCGUACGGAAGCUGGUCGUGGCGAGCUCGGAACCGAAGGGUUUCAUCAAGGCAAAGAUGCUGUUCGACAAGGGCGACUACGAAGCCAUCGUAGCGGCCUGUACGGAAGAGAUCGAAUCGAGCGAAUCGGAAUCGGAGUACAAGCUGGAGGCACUAGUUCUAAGAGGCACCAUGUACAAUCUGAUCGCCUGCUACGAUGAGGCGAAACAGGAUCUGGAUGCGGUCAUUGAGCUGGAGACGGCCGACAAACGGUUGCGCUCGAACGCGCUCAUCAAGCGUGCCUCACUGGCGAUGCAAACGCAGCCGGAAACGCCCGGUGCGUGUUUCGAGUAUUUUGAACGGGCUGAAACCAUCGACAGCAUGAACGGGGACAUCUAUCACCAUCGGGGUCAGGUGUACAUUCUGUCGGAACGGAUGAACGAUGCGAUUGCGGACUUCAAACGGGCGUACGAUCUGUGUCCAACGUCCGGCAUUAUUGCGACGCACCUGUGCUACGCCCAGUACUGCCAGGCGAUCCAGAACAAAGAUGAGAGCGGGGUGGAACGAAUGAAGAAGCGGUUCAACGAGCUGCUGGAGGAGUACGCGGACUGUGUCGAGUGUUACAGCAUCCUUGCACAGGUGCUUACCGAGCAGCAAAAUUUCGCCGAAGCGGACAGUUGCUUUGCCCGUGCGUUGAAGGUCGACCCGAACCAGGCCCAGAUAUAUGUACACCGGGCUGUGCUGCAGCUGCAGUGGAAGGGUGAGUAUGAGGAGGGUGUCAAGCUGAUCAAGAAAGCAAUCGAGAUGGACAGCAAGUGUGAGCUGGCAUACGAAACGCUCGGCACGAUCGAGGUACAGCGGGGCAAUCUGACCGAAGCGGUGAAACUGUUCGACCGUGCGAUCGACCUGGCCCGGACCGAAAUGACGCUAGUUCAUCUGUACUCGCUGAAGGAUGCGGCCCUUGCGCAACUGAGCGUGGCGAAAAAUAUGGGAUUGAGUAUUAGCAACAUUCAGCCGCAGUUCUAA